AGUCCAUGGGGUCGGAAAGAAUCAGACAUGACUGAGUGACUAACAUGGUUUUCUUGAUAGACAGUUUAUCCUGGGUCACAGGAGUACAAGUCUCAAAAAUAGAUAAGUCAGUGUUGAUGCGAUUGUUUUAUAAUUUCUCUUCCAGAUCAGAAUAGUUUCUGUAGUGGUCUGUGGAUCAUGUCUCAUUCUCUUUUCCUGGAGUUAGAAAUACAGUGGAAAAUACGGCAGUAUAAAAAUUAUAUUCCUGUGUAACACCAGACAUUCUCCUAAAUCAGAACCAUUUCUCUUGCUGGUUUCAUCUUGGGUCACAUUAGGAAGUCUUCCCAGGUCCACGUGGCUUAUGUCCUUUGUAUUUCAGGGGCUGCUGACAUUCCAGGAUGUGACCGUAGAUUUCACUCAAGACGAGUGGGAAUGCCUGGACCUCAGUCAGCGGGAAUUGUACAGGGACGUGAUGUUAGAGAACUACGGGAAUCUGGCCUGCUUGGGUCUUGUGGUCUCUAAGCCGGGCCUGGUCAAGUUUCUGGAGCAAAUGAAGGAUCCCUGGGAUGUAAGGAGAAUGGAGACAGCCAUACACCCAGCAGUUGCAGGUUAAACAGCUGCAUGGAUGCCUUUGAAGGUAUUUUCUCAAGAUGCAGAUGUGAGUUUGGGAUG